AUGUAUGUGGCUGCCCCGCGGCUUCUUCAGCUGCUGCUGCUGCUUCUGAUCUGCAAGUGCACACCUCUCAACAGGUUACGGAAAUGCGCUUCUCACUCUCCUGUGCAUUUCUGGGGUCUUGCACUUCCCCUUACCAUCAAAAUGGGGCAAGGGAGUCUCAAGAGACACCCGAUGCCCAGAGGCGAUGCUUGCUCUUUCCCAUUGUGUGAGAGAAGUCCACCUCUUCCUGGCACAAGGCAAUACCCCUCAGAGGACUUCAGGAAAUACUUGGCAAACACGUGCCGUUGCCCGCCGCAGCUUGUACACGAAUGUCUUCUCCAAGAUGCCAUGUGCAAAACAUCUGUGCAAGUCUUCAGGCUGGCCUCCGGCAAUUGCCCUGUCCCUCCCUGGGGGCUAGCAUCCUCGGGUUUUGCUCAUCUUCACUCUGAUGUUGAUAAAGGAGAUGGUUCCAUCAAAUACAUCUUGUCAGGCGAAGGGGCAAGUUCCAUUUUCAUUAUUGAUGAGAACACGGGGGAUAUCCAUGCUACCAAGAGGCUGGACCGAGAGGAGCAGGCCUACUAUACGCUGCGAGCCCAGGCGCUGGACAGGCUCACCAACAAGCCCGUGGAGCCCGAGUCCGAGUUUGUCAUCAAGAUUCAGGACAUCAAUGACAACGAGCCCAAGUUCUUGGAUGGCCCAUACACUGCAGGAGUUCCUGAAAUGUCGCCUGUGGGGACCUCAGUGGUACAAGUGACAGCAACGGAUGCUGAUGAUCCUACAUAUGGCAACAGUGCCCGAGUGGUCUACAGCAUUCUGCAAGGACAGCCAUACUUCUCAGUGGAACCAAAGACAGGAGUCAUCAAGACCGCCCUUCCAAACAUGGAUAGAGAGGCUAAAGACCAGUAUUUGCUUGUUAUUCAGGCAAAGGAUAUGGUUGGUCAAAAUGGAGGACUCUCAGGAACUACGUCAGUCACCGUGACCCUAACUGAUGUCAAUGAUAACCCACCUCGCUUUCCUCGAAGGUCUUACCAGUAUAAUGUCCCAGAAUCAUUGCCAGUGGCCUCUGUUGUGGCCAGAAUCAAAGCAGCUGACGCAGAUAUAGGAGCUAAUGCUGAAAUGGAAUACAAAAUCGUGGAUGGUGACGGAUUAGGGAUUUUCAAGAUUUCUGUUGACAAAGAUACACAGGAAGGAAUCAUUACUAUACAGAAGGACCUGGAUUUUGAAGCCAAAACAAGUUACACACUCCGGAUAGAAGCCGCAAACAAAGAUGCCGACCCUCGCUUUCUGAGCUUGGGUCCAUUCAGCGACACGACCACAGUGAAAAUAAUCGUGGAAGAUGUGGAUGAGCCCCCUGUGUUUUCCUCACCCUUGUACCCCAUGGAGGUAUCGGAGGCUACCCAAGUUGGGAAUAUCAUUGGCACCGUCGCGGCUCAUGACCCAGAUUCUUCCAACAGCCCUGUGAGGUAUUCAAUUGACAGAAACACAGACUUGGAGAGGUAUUUCAAUAUCGAUGCCAACAGUGGAGUUAUUACAACCGCCAAAUCUUUGGAUCGAGAGACAAAUGCUGUUCAUAAUAUCACAGUUCUUGCAAUGGAGAGCCAGAAUCCGUCUCAAGUUGGAAGAGGCUAUGUGGCCAUUACUAUACUCGACAUCAAUGACAAUGCCCCUGAAUUUGCUAUGGACUAUGAAACCACCGUUUGUGAAAAUGCCCAGCCAGGGCAGGUUAUCCAGAAGAUCAGUGCCGUUGAUAAAGAUGAGCCAUCCAAUGGACACCAGUUUUAUUUCAGCUUAACGACUGAUGCAACAAAUAACCACAACUUUUCAUUGAAAGAUAACAAAGACAACACGGCUUCCAUUCUCACCAGGAGAAACGGCUUCCGGAGACAGGAGCAGUCUGUGUACUACCUGCCCAUCUUCAUCGUGGACAGUGGUUCGCCUUCCCUCAGCAGCACGAACACCCUCACCAUCCGCGUCUGUGACUGUGAUGCCGACGGGGUAGCCCAGACCUGCAACGCGGAGGCCUACGUCCUACCUGCCGGCCUCAGCACCGGAGCCCUGAUCGCCAUCCUCGCCUGUGUCUUGACGUUACUGGUGUUGAUCCUCCUCAUCGUCACCAUGAGAAGACGGAAAAAAGAGCCUCUCAUUUUCGAUGAGGAGAGAGAUAUCCGAGAAAAUAUUGUGAGAUACGACGAUGAAGGUGGGGGAGAGGAAGACACAGAAGCUUUUGACAUGGCCGCACUGAGGAACCUCAAUGUCAUCAGAGAUACCAAGACCCGAAGGGAUGUGACUCCAGAAAUUCAGUUCUUGAGUCGACCGACUUUUAAAAGCAUCCCAGACAACGUCAUCUUUCGAGAAUUUAUUUGGGAGAGGCUGAAAGAAGCUGACGUGGACCCCUGUGCUCCCCCCUAUGACUCCUUGCAGACGUACGCGUUCGAAGGAAAUGGCUCAGUGGCUGAAUCGCUCAGCUCCCUAGAUUCCAUCAGCUCGAACUCUGAUCAGAAUUACGACUACCUAAGUGACUGGGGGCCUCGCUUUAAACGACUUGCAGAUAUGUAUGGCACCGGCCCCGAGAGUUUGUACUCAUAGCCCCGGAACCUUAAUCUGAAAUGUACUGGAGAAAAAAAUAAAUAAAUAAAAGCAAAAACAAAACAAGGCAAAACAACGAGACAAAACAAAACAACCCACUACAUACAGAAAACAAGAACUUGACCUACUAGAGAGAACGGUUGUACAUAUUUCUCCAUUUUUAACUGUUUGGGCUUUGGCCUUGGUGAAGUGUAUCUCCAUUAGACUUACCCAAGGGACUGCACUGACCACAGACUCUGAGCAUUCGAAGGCUUUUUGAUAAAACGAAAUGCUCAGUGGUUUGUGAAUAGAUAGCAACUCUCAGAUACCUGCAAAGCACCUAACCUCUAUGAGCAAGUAGUGCCCUGUGUUGUCCGUGACCCAAGCGUGCCCUGUACAAACCUUCACGGUACUGCCAGUGAGAAGAACAACACACGAUGUGCCAUUGAAAUGUCCUAGAACUUCUCGCGACUCAAAACCCGGGACCAGUAUAAUUUGCGGUGAUGCUUUUCGCUUGCUAGAUUACAGAAUCCAGCGCAAGUUUACUGCUGCUGGUUAGCAAAUAUAUUUUAUUUAGCAGUAUAUAAAUUCUUAGAAAAUCCUCCCCGGUCCUCCAAUACAAACCGAUAAAAUUUGGUUUCAGGCAACAUAACCCGUUGUUUAGCAAAUAAAUUACGAAGGGUUCCAAAUAAGAAAAAAAAAAAAAAAGGUAAAUCAUUCCUUUUGAGCUGCUUGUGGAGGUAUGAAAAAAAGUUG